UAACUUUGUAAUCGAACCUCUUUCGCAUACCGAGCAACGGUUGUACAUCAUCCUACCGAUAACAUGCAAUUUUGCGUGGAAACGACGCAUUUACGCAUCUCGCAAGCGUAAUUGGAGCGGUUGUGUGCAAAGUAAACAACCAAACGUGGGGUGCAAAACGAUCGAACCGAAGCGCAAGAUCACCUAACCUCACAACAACACCAAUAGCGGUCGAUGCAAUCUCAGUGUGUUGUUAGGAAGCAAAUCGUCGUAACGGAUGUUAUCGUCUACAACUGGAUUUAUUGCUUUAAUAUUUAGCAUUUGCUGUGAGUUAAAUAAGUGUACAGUGUUUUUGUUUUAUUCUAAGCACAGUAGUAUUCCACUCCUGUAGGGGAUCGUCGUUCACUGUUCAUCCAAGACGAGAGAAGGGGUUGAGAGUGAAUAAGAGAAAAAAGGAUAGUGUUAAACGAGGUCGUUUGCAUUGAUGUGGGCAAAGCAGCAGUGAGAUUUAUUUUUGAAAAAACCGGAAGAAUUUCGUGAUUAAAAGUUAGCAUGAAGUCUCCACUACCCUUACCGGAACUAUUCGAUGAGGACGAAUUUUCGUUCAACUUCAAAAAGCCUCGUGGACUGAAUGAUGCGUUCCACAGACGAAGACCACCGAAGCUAGUGCAUCCGUUCAAUCGCAGCAUUAAUGCAUCCUUCGCUAAUGCCAUCUCGUUCAUAGACGACAGUAGAACAGAGCUAAGCACAAUGUACAACCGGAACAUACCGGAUACAUACUACGAGCAAUGCUUCGAACAGUUGACGAAGGUGGGUGAAGGUUCGUUCGGCGAGGUGUUCAAAGUACGAAGCCGUGUCGAUGGUAGGCUUUACGCGGUGAAAAAGUCCAAAGCCUACUUCCGUAGCACGCAGUGCCGGGAGCUGUGCCUGGAAGAGGUACGCCGGUACGAGCAAUUUUCCGAUCAUGAGAACUGCGUCAAGCUAUACCUGGCAUGGGAACAGGAGGACCGACUCUACAUGCAGAUGGAGCUGUGCCGUGAAAAUCUGGAAGUCUACGCACGGGAACAGCAAAAGCUACCGGACGAGCGGAUAUGGUCGAUAAUGUUAGAUCUGCUACUUGCCUUGAAAAGCCUGCACGAUCGCAACCUCAUUCAUCUAGACAUCAAACUAGAUAACAUUCUUGUCACCGAUGACGGUACCUGCAAGCUGGCCGAUUUUGGGAUCGUGUUUGAUCUGACGAAAAGUAAUCCACGGUACGCGACCGAAGGUGACUCGCGUUACAUGGCACCGGAGCUGAUGGAGGGCAUGUACACGAAGGCGGCCGAUAUUUUCAGCCUCGGGAUUGCUACGCUCGAGCUCGCUUGUAAUUUGGAGCUUCCGGCCAAUGGGCGUUUGUGGCAGCGUUUGCGCAGCGGUCAACCACUGCCCGAAAAUUUGGCGUGCAAUAUUUCACCCGCACUGAAAACCAUCAUCCACAGCAUGAUGCACCCUAUACCAGAUGAACGUCCCACGGUCGAUGCGCUACUGAAGCAUCCGAUUGUGCAUAAGGUAUACGAAGCGCGAAGGCGGCGACGUGUUUGGGAGCGAAUCAAAUCCUAUGUUCACCGGAAGCUUUCUAGCUUAAGCGGGGUUUUCAUGCUUGCAGUGAUGUGGUUGGUGGCGUGCAUUCGACUACAGCAUCGCAAAGAAUCACCGGGUGUGGUCCAUCCAAAGGCUGGCAAGACGACGAAUGGUUACAAUCGUUCGCAUCUAUUCAAUGGUAAUUGUUCUGGAACUCCUAGCAGAAUGUCUCUGGGCGUAAUGCAGAACCAAAGCUCUAGCCUUUUGGCGGGUGAAAACCACGACUAUGACGAUGAUGGUUAUGAUGAUUUGAACAGAACGGGGUUUGAUAGCAGCACUUGUACGACGGCUGCUGGCGAUGAUACGGAUUGUGAUCGUACGACGGGUACGCAUGAUGGCACCGAGAAGGAAAGUAUACAAAUUACUCCCACAUUGAACAAUUCUAUGCCACCGACCCGCACACCGACUAUACGGAUUGUUAAUUCUACGCCCUUGAAUCAUGAUCACCUCAAGUACCAGCACCACCUACAGUACAGUCAUCCAAAUUCGCAUAGCCAUUCCGGUUCCCGACAUACGAGUCGCGUAUUCUGUUCACCAUUUCGCAUCCUAUGGUUCGAAGACGAUGCGAGCGAUCUGUCGAUAUUGAACGAAUCACAUCAAAACUCGAACGCAAUUUCCACCAGCUCAUCGAUCCCACCACCACCGCUCAAUGAUAGCGACAACGAUUUUCGUCCCCUUGGAUCACCGUCGCACGAUCUGAAUGUAUCGUCCGGCCAGAGCGAAGAUGUGCCGGCCAAUAACGUCACCACAACAUCAUCCAUCGAUGGUAGUGAACAAUCGAUUACGAGCACCCCAAAUAGUUCCUUAUUUAAAACGAUGCGAACAAGCACCAUCCUGGCCAAUGGUCUAGCUGCUGCCGCUUCAUCUGGCUGUGAUAAUCCAUUGUCCACGGGAUAUUCGUCGUUUCUUAUUAAGAAAAAAUUACGCUUUAACGAAGAGGAAGAUGAUGAUUCCGACUGAGGUCGGUUUUGUUUCCUGUCUUACCCUUCUGUACGGUAGUGGCAACCGUGUACGAUCUACAAAUCGUCUGUUGCAAACAAAAGUAUGAUGUGGUUUGAACAACAUCCACAAAAGAAUCGUAUCGCAACUAAUCAUGAACAGAUCUCAGUGCUUUGGGACCAAACGAUAACCAAAAGAAAUAGCUCUCUGUUGCUCUUGCAUUUCUUCUCGUCAAUCAGUUCAUUCGAGUCCUUCUGAGUACAUAGUGUUUCUUUUAUAAUUAAUGGGCAGAUAAUGUUAAAGUCCGUGUAACAUGAUAACAUGUAACAUAAUUUGAGAAUGUUUAAACGUUUUAUAUCUCUUUACAUAAAUGAAAUGCUAAUGCAACACACAACACGCACACACAAAAACGCGUUUGGGCGUAAAACCAAUGUGAUAUCAUAUGUAAAAAAAAUCGUGCAACUGUGCCCUGUGUUUCUUUUCCAUAAAUUUCUUACACACUAUGAUUAUAGCGUAUACAAAAAUGCAUGUACAGAAAACUUUGGCCGCCUGUUAGGGUUUUAACAUUAUGGAAGGAUCACACGUUUGUAUGGUGUUGUCAUUAACCAAAACAUAAAAAAAACACGUGCUAGACGCAUUCAAAAUGUUCUACUGCAUGUUAAUAGCUCUCGUUUUGUCUGUUAUAUUCGCUUUACGCAAAAAGUUUAGGCACAAAUGUAGAAAGCACAGGCAAUGGCCACGCAAGCAGACAAUGAAAAGGUAAAAUAGUGUCGGAGUACAAGAAAGUACUUGUACGAAAUUGGCCCAUCUACACAUGUGGCAUACAUUCUAGUUGUGAUCUAGAUUUUCAUCUAGCGAUAUUCAACUGGAUAGAUGCAUCCGUUUGGUAGUACACAGGCAUUAUCGCUCAGUUACAGUAGUCAAUAUUUUUAAAAUGCGUUCCAAAGGCAAUAACAGUGUGCAAGACAUACAGCAGUGAAUAGAGAUUGUACUUUGGAAAUAAAGGUUUGAUGGAUGGAAAGAUGUUUAGUAGUUUAUUAAUAAAUUCAAUUAGUAGUAAAACAAGGUAUGGUAAACAGUUUGGCAUUUUCACUUAUAAUGAAGGGCAGAUCGGUGCUGUAAUUGCACGACCUCUAAACACACCACAGGGUGUGGAAUAAAAUCAAAUUUUUAACUGACCUGUAGUAAUAAUAACUAACGCGAUGAAGACUCCAUUCAAACGUUAUUUUAUUUUUUUACGCACUUUUACGCAGCAGCACCAUUAAACUAAAACAAAACAUUUCAAGACAAUA